AUGGACGCGGACACCUUCCCAGCGGAGCUGCGCGUGCUCGCCGUCGACGACGACCCCGUCUGCCUCAAGAUCCUAGAGAGGCAGCUCAAAUAUUGCAACUACAACGCGACGGUGGUGUCGGACGCCAGGACGGCAUUGGACAUGCUCAGAGAGAAGAAGGACGGGAACCAGUUCGACCUGGUGAUCAGCGACAUCGUCAUGCCCAACAUGGAUGGCUUCAAGCUCCUUGAGCUCAUUGGCCUGGAGAUGGAUCUCCCAGUCAUCAGUAAAGCCGGCCCUCGCUCAAACCCAUUUUCCCAUUUUUAUGCAUGCCAUUCUUCUGAUCGUGCAGACAAUAGCAAUCAUGAGAAUUUGUAG